GGGCGGCGGCCAGUUCCUCUUCCUCCUCGAUGUUGCGCAGAGUCCUCCUCGCGAGAGCGAUCCCACUCUCCUCCGCCUCCUACGGGUUCCCCAAACCGCUAAGCCCUCCCCUCCGCAUCGGUGGACCGCGCCUAGCCACUUCUUCCGGGGACCCCGUCGCGGACGGUGGCAUCGGCGGCGAAGAUGACCCUUUCUCCUUCCCGGACCACUACCACAAGCAGCUCCCGCCCGAUGUCGCCCGAGGGGUGGACGCCCUCGUAGCCGCUGCCGAGGCUACCGGCUCCAGUGCCGCGGGCGCCGCGCGGGCCCUCGACGGGUGCGGCGCCGAGGCGUCCGAGCCGCUCGUGGUGGCCGCGCUGUCGCGCCUCCGCAACAGCUGCGCCGCCGCUCAUGCUGCGUUCCGGUGGGCCGCGGCGCAGCCCGGGUACGCGCCGGGUCGGCGCGCGUGCCACUCCAUGCUCGCCAUCCUCGCCAAGCACCGCCGCUUCGACGCCGCGCGCGCCCUGCUCGACGAAAUGCGCCGCGCGUCGAUGGCGUCUCCGGCCGCGGUACUCCUCCUCGUCCGGCGCCACUGCGCCGCGAGGGACGUCGCGGCAGCCGUCGCUGCCUUCCGAGCGCUCCCGAGCUUCGGAUUCGACACUGGCGUCGCCGAGUUCCAUGGCCUCCUGAGCGCGCUUUGCCGGUACAAGAACGUGCAGGACGCGGAGCAUUUGCUGAUAUCCUGCGAGAAGGAGUUCCCCUUCGAGACCAAGAGCUUCAACAUCGUCCUCAACGGGUGGUGUAACAUUGUCUGCAGCUUGCGCGAGGCGAAGAGGUUUUGGAGCUCCAUGGAGAGGAAGGGCAUUGACAGGGAUGUUGUGUCGUAUGGGAGCAUGAUCUCCUGCUUCUCAAAAGCUGGGAGCCUUCACUCAGUCAUGAAACUCUUUAACCACAUGAAUGAGGCUGGCGUUGCUCCAGAUCGGAAAGUGUACAAUGCUAUUGUGUUUGCUCUAGCCAAGGGUCGGUGUGUGAAGGCGGCAAAGAUGCUUGUCAGGACUAUGGAGGAGAAGCAGGUUGCCCCAGACACAGCCACUUUUAACUCUCUCAUUGGCCCCCUUUGUAAGGCUCGUCAGGUUCAGGAGGCAAUGGAAAUGUUUGAUGCUAUGUUAGAAAGGGGGCUGUCUCCUUCAGUAAGGACCUUUCACGCGUUGCUUAAUGUGGCUAGGAACUCUACUGAAGUGUUUGAUCUCUUGGAUAAGAUGAAACAGUUGCAGUGUGAGCCAGAGAUGGACACUUACAUUAUGUUGAUCAGAAAAUUCUGCCGGUGGAGACAGCAUGAGAGUGUGGAGAAGUUGUGGAGUGCAAUGCCUGCAAAUGGGCUGAGCCCUGACCGGAGCGCGUACAUUGUGUUGAUACAUGGUUUAUUCCUGAACGGAAGACUAGAGGAGGCAGCAAAGUAUUACGGAGAGAUGAAAAGUAAAGGCUUUUCGCCAGAGAAAAAGACUGAAGAAAUGAUAACGGCUUGGCUUGAAGGCAGAGAGCUUGCGAAGGCGUCAGUUAGCUCUAAGGGUGGUUCAGUGUCUCUCAAGCUUCCCAAAAAGUAACAAGUUUAAGGUUAGCCCUUAUGGGCAAUUCAUAAAAUAAAUGAAACAAGGUAGGAGGGCGCUUAUUGUUAUUCCUGAAGAACUGCUAAAAGUUCAAAGAGAUAUUUUUACUGCACAGGAAAUGGGUGCUACUGUAUGUUUGGCCUAGUUGUUUUCCACUUUAUUGAUAAGUUGAAAAUUGGAAUUACAAUGGCAAGGCAUGUCCAACUUCAAACAUACAAGCUGCAUGUGAUUUUCUGUAUUUAUUCACAUUUACAUUUUAGUCUGCACCCUGCAGUCCUGCACUGACUACAUGCUCAAUUAUUGGCAUACAAAACUUAUCCUGAAGCAUGGAGGGCUCAUGCCUGCUAAAUACUUCCAUUAAUGUCGAAGGGGCACUACAGUUUCAUUUUGCAGAAGGAAAUCAGGGAAAAUGAGAUGAAGAUUUUGCUUUCAUGUUUCUUGGAUGCCCCAAAGCAAAGCUGCAGAUAGCAUCCAUCGAUCCAUUAACCGGUAGAUUCCAAGGAGAUACUUGCACUGAGCUGCUUCCAAAACUGGACUGCCUGAGGACAAGGAAAUUGCGAGGGAAAGUGAGCUCUUCGCCAUUGUUCAGGAGUCAGGACUGGCACUGUGAUGCUGGCCCCUAGCAUUUAACUUGUAAGCAGUUUCCACUUUCCAUCAUGUUCAUGCUUCCUGUCAUUACACAAGAAGAGAAGGAAUCUCUAAUUGUUCAUGAAGGUUAAAUUUUCGGUUGGAUAAUGACUUCUCGAGUAUUCUAAUGAUAAAAAACCCCAUAAUGACCCAAGAAGUUAUGGACUUCCUUCA